UAAUAAAGGAGCAGCAGGAGCAGCGGCUCUAACUCCGCUCUGUCCCGUCAUGGAUCUCCUCCUGGCUCUGUGCGUAACGGCGCUGCUCUGCGCCUCCGCUCCCCCGGCCGAGGCGCUCAGGACCCGGCGCUUCGCCCCCGGCUGCCCGGAGAAGUGCGACAAGUCUCGGUGUCCCCCGGUCCCCGCGGACUGCCUGACCGGGGACGUGCUGGACCGCUGCGACUGCUGCCCGGUCUGCGCGUCCGGGGAGGGGGAGCAGUGCGGCGGCGCGGCCGGGGAGUGGAGGGGGCAGUGCGCGGAGGGGAUGGAGUGCGUGGUGACCGACGGCGUGGAGGAGUCCGCCACCGUCAGGCAGAGGGCUAAAGCCGGGACGUGCGUCUGCACCAGCUCCGAGCCCGUGUGCGGCAGCGACGGCGUCUCCUACCGGAACAUCUGCGAACUGAAGAGGGUCAGCACCCGGGCCACCAAGCUGCAGCAGCCCCCCGUCAUCCUCAUCCAGAGGGGGACCUGCGGGAAAGGUCAGCAGAACCAACACCCUGACAGUCUUCGCUACAAGUACAACUUCAUUGCUGAUGUGGUGGAGAAGAUCGCUCCUGCUGUCGUCCACAUCGAGCUGUACAGGAAGAUGAUAUUCUCUAAGAGGGAGGUAGCCGUCGCCAGUGGUUCAGGUUUUGUUGUGUCUGAGGACGGACUCAUCGUCACCAACGCUCAUGUGGUGGCCAACAAACACAGAGUGAAGGUGGAGCUGAAGAGCGGAGCCACAUUCGACGCCAAGAUCACAGACGUGGACGAGAAGGCCGACAUCGCUCUGAUCAAGAUCGACGCUCCGAUGAAGCUCCCUGUCCUCCUCCUGGGCCGCUCCUCUGACCUCCGUCCCGGUGAGUUUGUGGUGGCCAUAGGGAGCCCCUUCUCUCUGCAGAACACCGUCACCACCGGCAUCGUCAGCACCACCCAGAGGGGAGGGAAGGAACUGGGGCUACGCAACUCUGACAUGGACUACAUCCAGACGGACGCCAUCAUCAACGUGAGUCUGAGCCUCCAGCUGAUCCGCCAGCUGAUUGAUCAUGUGACUGAUCUGGUUGUUUAUCUUUUUGUGUGUCUGCAGUACGGCAACUCAGGAGGACCAUUAGUCAACCUGGACGGUGAGGUCAUCGGCAUCAACACCCUGAAGGUGACGGCUGGAAUCUCCUUCGCCAUCCCAUCAGAUAAGAUCCGUCAGUUCCUGGCGGAGUCACAUGACCGACAGGCCAGAGGUAAAACGUCCCAGAAGAAGAAAUACAUCGGCGUGAGGAUGAUGAGUCUGACUCCGACGCUGGCUAACGAGCUGAAGGAGAGACAGGCAGACUUCCCAGACGUCACCUCAGGAGCGUACGUCAUCGAGGUGAUUCCCAGGACUCCAGCCGAGGCGGCCGGUCUGAAGGAGAGUGACGUGAUCAUCAGCAUCAACGGAGAGAGAGUCGGCUCAGCCAGCGACGUCAGCGCCGCCAUAAAACGUGACGAGACGCUGCGAACGGUGGUGAGACGAGGCAACGAGGACGUCCUCCUCACCAUCGUCCCCGAGGACAUCGACCCUUGACCCCUCUGAGGCCACGCCCCCCACUCACCUCUCAGCCAAUCCAGAGCUGGCUCUGUGUUUUUCAGCCAAUCAUGAACUCUCUGAAGAACCAGUGGGUGUCCUGCCCCUGUGGACGCUGUCCUCCUCCUGUGGACGCUGUCCUCCCCCUGUGGACGCUGUCCUCCUCCUGUGGACACUGUCCUCCUCCUGUGGACGCUGUCCUCCCCCUGUGGACGCUGUCCCACUAUUUACCGUAUUCUUUCCAUGUUUUCUAACUCGGUUUGUUUUCAUGUUUUCAAAAGGAAAUAAAGUUAUUUUUAAAA